GCGCAGGGGGAGGGGGCGCGGCGGAGCGCGAGGCUGGCGUCGGGCAGCCGGCGGCCGGGCAGGAUUAAGUUUCUCGGUCGAGCGGGAGCGUCAGUGCGCGUUCCUCCCGAAGCUCCUCGCCGGGACGUUACUUCAGGACAGAAGAGAGCGAGCGUGGGCGAGGCGAGGCGAGGCUCCCAGUGUCCCCGGCGACCCCAGCUCCCCAGCCCUCCGUUCCUUUCGCGUUCCCGCCGUGGGCGGCCGUCGCGAGCAGGAGUUCCUUGUAGUUGCUGUUCAUAAUCAUUGUAGAGAAGGACACUGAACUUGGGAAAAAUGUUAGAAACUAUAGACAAAAAUCGGGCCCUGCAGGCGGCAGAGCGCUUGCAGGCCAAGCUGCGGGAGCGCGGGGAUGUAGCAAAUGAAGACAAACUGAACCUUCUCAAGUCAGUGUUGCAGAGCCCACUAUUCAGCCAGAUUCUGAACCUUCAGACUUCUGUACAGCAGCUGAAAGACCAGGUAAACAUUGCAACUCCCACAAUUUCAAAUGUUGAAUGUGCCCACAUUCCACAUCUCAGCCCAGCUGUAAUUCCUACUCUGCAAAAUGAAUCAUUUUUAUUAUCCCCAAGUAAUGGGAAUCUGGAAGUUCUUACAGGAUUGGGUACUGCACACAUCAAUGGGAAACCUGCUUGUGAUGAAUUUGAUCAACUGAUCAAAAAUAUGGCCCAGGGUCGCCAAAUAGAAGUUUUUGAGCUCCUCAAACCUCCAUGUGGAGGCCUUGGGUUCAGUGUUGUGGGACUGAGGAGUGAAAACCGGGGAGAACUGGGCAUAUUUGUGCAGGAGAUCCAGGAGGGCAGUGUGGCCCACAGAGAUGGAAGAUUGAAGGAAACUGAUCAGAUCCUUGCUAUUAACGGACAGGCACUUGAUCAGACAAUUACACAUCAGCAGGCCAUCAGCAUCCUGCAGAAAGCCAAAGAUACUGUCAAGCUGGUUAUUGCCAGAGGCUCAUUGCCUCAGCUCAUCAGCCCCAUAGUUUCCCGUUCUCCAUCUGCAGCCAGCACAAUUUCAGCUCACUCUAAUCCGGUUCACUGGCAGCACGUGGAGACUAUUGAAUUGGUAAAUGACGGCUCUGGUCUGGGAUUUGGCAUUGUAGGAGGAAAAGCAACUGGCGUGAUCGUGAAAACCAUCCUGCCUGGAGGAGUAGCUGAUCAGCAUGGGCGAUUAUGCAGUGGAGACCACAUUCUAAAGAUUGGUGACACAGAUCUAGCAGGAAUGAGCAGUGAGCAAGUAGCCCAGGUCCUCAGACAGUGUGGAAAUAGAGUCAAAUUGAUGAUUGCAAGAGGUGCCAUGGAAGAACCAACGGUGCCCACCUCUUUGGGCAUCACGCUUUCCUCAUCCCCAUCUUCUACACCAGAGAUGCGGGUUGAUGCUUCUACUCAGAAAAGUGAAGAAAAUGAGACAUUUGAUGUAGAACUCACUAAAAAUGUCCAAGGAUUAGGAAUUACCAUUGCUGGUUACAUUGGAGAUAAAAAAUUAGAACCUUCAGGAAUCUUUGUAAAGAGCAUUACAAAGAGCAGUGCUGUUGAACAUGAUGGAAGAAUCCAAAUUGGAGACCAAAUUAUAGCAGUAGAUGGCACAAACCUUCAGGGUUUUACCAAUCAACAAGCAGUAGAGGUGUUGCGACACACAGGACAGACUGUUCACCUGACAUUAAUGAGGAGAGGAACAAAGCAGGACGCUGAGCUUGCGUCACGGGAGGACAUCACAAAAGAUGCAGUUUUGUCUCCUGUUAAUGCAAGCGUAAGCAAAGAAAAUUAUGAAGAAGAUGAAGAUUCUUUAUCUUUGAGGAGAAACACCAGCAUAUUACCAAUUGAAGAAGAAGGUAAACACCUGGAGCCAGGGUAUCCAUUACUGUCAGCUGAGAGAGAAGAUAUAGAAGAUGAUCAGCAACAGGAAGCUGCCCUGCUGACCAAGUGGCAAAGGAUUAUGGGCAUUAAUUACGAAAUAGUGGUGGCCCAUGUGAGCAAGUUCAGUGAGAACAGCGGGUUGGGGAUAAGUCUGGAAGCAACAGUGGGCCAUCAUUUUAUCCGAUCUGUUCUACCAGAAGGUCCUGUUGGACACAGUGGGAAGCUUUUCAGUGGAGAUGAGCUAUUGGAAGUGAACGGCAUAACUCUACUUGGGGAGAAUCACCAGGAUGUGGUGACUAUUUUAAAAGAACUGCCUAUAGAGGUGACAAUGGUGUGCUGUCGUCGAACGGUGCCACCCACCAGCCCGUCAGAGUUGGAGAGCCUGGACUUAUGUGACAUUGAACUAACAGAAAAGCCUCAUAUAGAUCUAGGUGAGUUUAUCGGGUCCUCGGAGACAGAGGAUCCUGUGCUGGUGAUGACUGAUGUGGGUCAGAAUGCAGAGGAGGUUCAAGGACCUUUGGCCAUGUGGGAAGCCGACGUUCAGAACAUCGAGCUGGAGAAAGGGAGCAGAGGACUUGGUUUUAGCAUUUUAGAUUAUCAGGAUCCAAUUGAUCCAGCAAGCACUGUGAUCGUAAUUCGUUCUCUGGUGCCUGGUGGUGUUGCUGAAAAGGAUGGACGACUUCUCCCUGGAGAUCGACUCAUGUUUGUCAAUGAUGUUAACUUGGAAAACAGCAGUCUCGAAGAAGCUGUCCAGGCACUGAAGGGUGCACCAUCAGGAACUGUGAGAAUAGGAGUUGCCAAGCCUUUACCCCUUUCACCAGAAGAGGGUUAUGUUUCUGCUAAGGAGGAUUCCUUUCUCUACCCACCACAUUCCUGCGAGGAGGAAGGGCUGGCUGACAAAGCCCUGUUCAGGGCUGACUUGGCUCUGGUGGACACAAAUGAUGCUGACUUAGCAGAUGAAUCUGCGUUUGAGUCUCAGUACUCUCCUGAUAAUGACAGUAUCUACUCCACUCAAGCCUCUAUUUUAUCUCUUCACGGCAGUGCUUGUAGUGAUAAUCUGAAUUUUGGUCCCUCCCUUCCAUCUUCUCCUCCCAAGGAUGUUACUGAAAAUUCCUCAGAUCCAGUACUUGACUUGCAUAUGUCCUUGGAGGAGCUAUAUGCCCAGAAUCUCCUGCAGAGACGGGACGAGAGUCCGCCUUCAGUGGACUUGAGUAUGGGGACUGCUUCUGGCUUUACCAUAAAUGAUUAUACACCUGCCAAUGCUAUUGAACAGCAAUACGAAUGUGACAACACAAGAGUGUGGACUGAACCUCACCGACCAACUGAAGUUAUAUCAAGUGCAGAACUGAGUUCUCCUGUGCUGACUGAUUCAGCUGGAAAGGGCUCCAAGUUCUUAAUUCAACAGGGGUCCCUGGCCUCUGCUGCUGAGUGUGUCAUGCUCCAAACUAUAUCCAGAGACUCUUUCGAGAGGACUAUUACGAUAGCAAAAGGCAAUUCUAGCCUGGGAAUGACAGUAAGUGCUAAUAAAGAUGGCUUGGGGAUGAUUGUUCGAAGCAUUAUUCAUGGAGGUGCCAUUAGUCGAGAUGGUCGGAUUGCUGUUGGGGACUGCAUCUUGUCUAUUAAUGAAGAAUCUACUAUCAGUUUAACGAAUACCCAGGCACGAGCCAUGUUGAGAAGACAUUCUCUCAUUGGGCCAGACAUAAAAUUCUCUGCAGCACCUGCUGACGAUCGAGCCCCCUUUUAUGUAAUUACUUAUGUGCCUGCAGAACAUUUAGAAGAGUUCAAAAUAAGUUUGGGACAACAAUCUGGAGGAAUAAUGGCACUGGAUAUUUUUUCUUCCUACACUGGCAGAGACAUUCCAGAGCUACCAGAGCGAGAAGAAGGAGAGGGGGAAGAAAGUGAACUUCAAAAUGCAACAUAUAGCAGUUGGAAUCAAUCCAGGCGGGUUGAACUCUGGCGAGAACCAAGCAAAUCCUUGGGCAUCAGCAUUGUUGGUGGACGAGGGAUGGGGAGUCGUCUAAGCAACGGUGAAGUGAUGAGGGGCAUUUUCAUCAAACAUGUUCUUGAAGAUAGUCCAGCUGGCAAAAACGGAACCUUGAAACCUGGAGAUAGAAUAGUAGAGGUGGAUGGCAUGGACCUCAGAGAUGCAAGCCAUGAACAAGCUGUGGAAGCCAUUCGGAAAGCAGGCAACCCUGUAGUCUUUAUGGUACAGAGCAUUAUAAACAGACCAAGGAAAUCCCCUUUGCCUUCUUUGCCGCACAACCUUUACCCUAAGUACAAGUUCAGCAGCACUAACCCAUUUGCUGAUUCUCUACAGUUCAACGCUGACAAGGCAUUACAGAAUUCAAGUAGAGUUCUCUUCCGUUGUUCCCCAACUAACCCUUUUGCUCCCACACCAUUUAAGGCUCCCAGUCAGUCAGAAUCCGAGCCAGAAAAGGCUCCGCUGUGCGGUGUGCCUCCGCCCCCUCCUCCAGCAUUUGCAGAAAUGAGUGAGGAUCAUGCACAGUCACUGGCAAGUGAAAUCUCAGCAGAUGUGGACAAAGAGGAUGAGUUUGGUUACAGCUGGAAAAAUAUCAGAGAGCGAUAUGGAACCCUAACAGGCGAGCUACAUAUGAUUGAACUGGAGAAGGGUCGUAGUGGUUUGGGUCUGAGUCUUGCUGGGAACAAAGACCGGUCCAGGAUGAGUGUUUUUAUAGUGGGGAUUGAUCCAAAUGGAGCAGCUGGGAGAGAUGGUCGAUUGCAGAUUGCAGAUGAGCUUCUAGAGAUCAAUGGUCAAAUUUUAUAUGGAAGAAGUCAUCAGAAUGCUUCAUCGAUCAUCAAAUGUGCCCCUUCUAAAGUAAAAAUAAUUUUUAUAAGAAGUAAAGAUGCAGUGAGUCAGAUGGCUGUAUGUCCUGGGCAUACAGUGGAACCUUUGCCUGCUACCUCAGAGAAUCUUCAAAAUAAGGAGGCUGAACCGAGCGUUACUACUUCCGAUGCAGCUGUGGACCUCAGUUCGUUUCCAAACGUGCAGCAUCUGGAGCUUCCCAAGGAUCAGGGGGGUUUGGGCAUUGCCAUCAGUGAAGAAGAUACUCUCAGCGGGGUCAUCAUAAAGAGUCUAACAGAGCACGGGGCAGCAGCCAGGGAUGGACGGCUCAAAGUUGGAGAUCAGAUCUUUGCUGUAGAUGACGAAGUAGUUGUUGGCUAUCCUGUUGAAAAGUUUAUUAGCCUUUUGAAGACAGCGAAGACAACAGUGAAACUGACCAUUCGUGCUGAGAAUCCAGAUUCCCAGGCUGUUGCUUCAGCAGCUGGUACAGCCAAUGGAGAAAAAAAGAGCAGCCCCCAGUCUCUGAUGGUCCCACCGUCUGGCUCCCCGGAACCAGAGCCCAUCCGAAGUACAAGCAGGUCAUCAACACCAGCAAUCUUUGCUUCUGAUCCUGCAACCUGCCCCAUCAUCCCAGGCUGUGAAACAACAAUUGAGAUUUCCAAAGGGCGGACAGGGCUGGGCCUGAGCAUCGUUGGGGGGUCUGACACACUGCUGGGUGCCAUUAUCAUCCAUGAAGUUUACGAAGAAGGAGCAGCAUGUAAAGACGGAAGACUCUGGGCUGGAGAUCAGAUUUUAGAGGUGAAUGGAAUUGACUUGAGAAAGGCCACACACGAUGAAGCAAUAAAUGUGCUGAGACAAACACCGCAAAGGGUGCGCCUGACGCUCUACAGAGAUGAGGCCCCGUACAAAGAGGAGGAUGUGUACGACACCCUCACCAUCGAGCUGCAGAAGAAGCCGGGCAAAGGCUUGGGGUUGAGUAUUGUUGGUAAAAGAAAUGAUACUGGAGUAUUCGUGUCCGACAUUGUGAAAGGAGGAAUUGCAGAUGCUGAUGGAAGGCUGAUGCAGGGAGACCAGAUACUAAUGGUGAAUGGAGAAGACGUCCGUCACGCCACCCAGGAAGCCGUCGCAGCUCUGCUAAAGUGUUCCCUAGGCACGGUAACCUUGGAAGUCGGAAGAGUCAAAGCUGGCCCAUUCCAUUCGGAGAGGAGACCUUCUCAGAGCAGCCAGAUGAGUGAAGGGAGCCUGUCAUCAUUCACUUUUCCACUUUCGGGAUCCAGUACAUCUGAGUCACUGGAAAGCAGCUCAAAGAAGAAUGCAUUGGCAUCUGAAAUACAGGGAUUAAGAGCAGUUGAAAUUAAAAAGGGACCCACUGACUCAUUGGGGAUCAGCAUUGCUGGAGGUGUGGGCAGCCCGCUUGGUGACGUUCCUAUAUUUAUUGCAAUGAUGCACCCGAAUGGAGUUGCAGCUCAGACCCAGAAACUCAGAGUUGGGGAUAGGAUCGUCACUAUCUGUGGCACAUCGACUGAGGGGAUGACUCACACCCAGGCAGUUAACUUUCUGAAAAAUGCCUCUGGCUCCAUUGAAAUGCAGGUGGUUGCUGGAGGAGAUGUGAGUGUGGUCACGGGUCAUCAGCAGGAGCCCGCCAGCUCUAGUCUUUCGUUCACUGGGCUGACGUCAAGCAGUAUAUUUCACGAUGAUUUAGGACCUCCUCAGUGUAAGUCUAUUACACUAGACCGAGGACCAGAUGGCUUGGGCUUCAGUAUAGUAGGAGGAUAUGGCAGCCCUCACGGAGACUUACCCAUUUAUGUUAAAACAGUGUUUGCGAAGGGAGCAGCCUCUGAAGAUGGGCGUCUAAAGAGGGGUGAUCAGAUCAUUGCUGUCAACGGGCAGAGUCUAGAAGGGGUAACACAUGAAGAAGCCGUUGCCAUCCUUAAGCGGACAAAAGGCACUGUCACUUUGAUGGUUCUCUCCUGAAUUAGCUGCCAGAAUUGAGCCACCUCAACUUCUCACUUACAUCCCAUGCUACAAAGAGAGUGGAACUGGUCCUGUGGACUCCUCCUGGGCUGUAUUCAUCCGGCUCUUCAAAACUGUAGGAAAAAAUAGCAUUUAAAUUUGUUUUUCUCAUAUGGAAAUGAUUUUCUUACUGACAACCUAGCAUCACUUUCCCUUUCUCUUUGCAUUUUGUGAUGGAAACUCAAAGAGAAGGGCUCUUUGCAUAGAUAAAUCCAGUCUUUCUUCCUGAAGAUAUCUGACAUUUUAUAAUCAUGUGGGCAGAAAUUAAUAUGGGCUCAACUGGUUAGUAGAGAAAGGAAAAAAAAUCAUUUGAAAGCUAACCAAGGGGAAAUGGUCUCAUGAAAUUAAGGUGAAAAUUGAAAAUAUAAAAUAAAGAAGAAAAUCUCAAGUUUUAUAAAAAUGCAUUUUGUUAAUCCACCUUCUCUCCCCACUUCUAACUAAAAAAGAAAAGAAAAAAGUUGUACGGAAAAUGUUUAAAAAUACUUUCAGUAUUUAAAAAUGUUGACUAUUAUUAAAACAUUGCAACUCCCAGCUCUAAUACGCACAUAUAUAGUUUUCUCCUAAAAUGGGCUUCAAGAUUGGGUAACUAACAACAGGAAGCAAUGUUCCUAAGUUUGUAAAGAAACCACUUAUUGCACAUCUUGAUGUUCAUUUUCAUUUUUGACCUAUUACACAAUAUUUUCACAUUUCUAUAAGUAAAAUGAUGACGCUGCCCAGUAUUGACUGCGGUUUCUCUAGAAAGCAGCCUUGCUAACCAUGCAGGAGCAUAGGAGGCUCUCCGAGUUGUUAGUGCUGGUUUUAAGGGAUGCAACACUGAAACUGUGUCAGUGUGCUGUGCAGUUGGUUUUCAAUUAGUAUUAAUCUUAAUGACGGAGAAAAAGCAAUGUGUUAGUAAUUAUUUUGGUUGUAUGCCAUUAGUAAAUUGAUAGAAAAAUUAAGGGGAUUAACAUAAGUUCAUUCCAUUGCCUUAUAUUAACAUCUUAUAAUACAAUAGUUUAAGACUAAGGGAAACAGAUGGAGCUGUUUAUUGAGACAACUGGUGAGGAAUUAUCAUGUGUUCAUUCCCAUUUUAGAGCGUGAAACUCCUACAUUAGAAUAUAUAAAGUCACUUUAAAUAUUAUCUAUAUUUGUAACAAAAGUAGUGUACAGAUAUUUUAUUACAGCGCUUAUGUGUAAAUGCAGAAUUGAAGUGAAUAAAUAAGAAGUUUCGUGGUGCACAAAGAAAAGCAGGCAUUUUUAUUUUGUUCUUUUUACUGGGGAAAAGCUUUAUUAUACUGUUCAAGAUUUACAAUUUAAAAUUGGCUUUUAUCAUGUCUAACUGAACAUAUGGUGUCCAUAGUUUUACAGUUAGAGGAACUCUGGACAACAACAUUAUGAAAAGCUCAAUGCUUUUUAUGCCCAGAAUUUUUACUAAUGCUAAAAAUGCAUAGACUCCUCAUGGAACAGAGGAAGAUAAACAGCAUUAAAGAAAGAGAGGUGUUGUGCCUGUAUGUGCUUUUCUGAAACGCUACGAGUGAUGCAAUAUUAUAAGUUGUUCUUUAGAGUAAGUAGUCAAGAGUUGAAGCAUGUUCAGAUAGAAAAAGUCAUAAUGAAAAUUAUUUCUAAUAAUGAACAUGAAAAAUCUGAUUUGAACACUGAGCAAGGACUUUAGGAACCUUUGUUCUGCCAGUUCUUCCCCUAAUUAGCUAAUGAACAUAUGCAUUCCCUCUGAUGUAUCUCAUCUGUAAAAUGAUAGGUGAUUUUAUCUCAAAGCUUAUAUCAAGUUCUAAAAUGUAAAAAUUCUGUGAUUCUUAGAUAUACGAAACGAAUGACACAACUACACGUUGCAUCAGUUCGGAAGCUAUUCUCCCCAGCCAGCUAUUGUAAACUGAGGUACUUGAUGUAACAAAACUCAUUUCACUAUCCCAGUGACACAUCUAACCUCUUAGUCACCAGUUAAUGGCCCUCUCUCAUGAAGGCAUGUCAAGAUCCUCUCAUGGUUGGCUUCUGGAAGCUGAGCCACCCACUUUUAUGUUUUAACCAGCAAAGAUUUUAUGGAGGCCGCUCUGUGGCACACCCUAGGAAGGCCAGUUAACCAGCCAUAUUGAAGUUUGAGUAAAUGUGUGAAGGCACUCCAGUGAGAGCACCCAGCUGGGUAUCUGUACUAGCCUGUAGGGCAUUGCCCCCAAAUUCACGUCUACUAAGAAGCUCAGAACGUGACCUUAUUUGGAAAUAGGGUCUUUGUGGAUGUAAUCAGUUCAGUUAAAAUGAGGUCAUGCUGGAUUACAGUGGGCCCUAAAUUCUUAAGAGAAGGCUAUGUAGAGACACAGAGACAGAAGAAGAAGGUCGUGUAAAGAUGGGGACCGAACAAACAAAAAACAAAACAAAGAGUACCUGGAGCCACCAGAAGCUGAAGAGAUGAGGAAGGUUUUUUCUCUGGAGUCUUCAGAGACAACUUGUCCCUGCCGACCCCUUGAUUUCAGAUAUCUGGCCUCCAAGACUGUGAGAAUAAAUUUCUGUUGUUGUAAACCACCUUGUUUGUGGAACUUUGCUACGGAAGCCCUAGGACACACCAGUAUAAUGUCUUGGAUGUUUUUAUAUCCUUAGCUACUAUCACUGUGCCUGGCAAAUAGGAGAGGCUCUAUACAUUUUUGUUCAGCAUGUAAAUGAUUGAAUUAUAGGUCGUGAUUAAUUUCAUGGUCUUACCUUGUUUUAGUUAAGCUAGCUGCAGCCUUCGUACUGAAUACAAAACAGGAAGCAGUGGGAAUGCCACUUAGGGAUGUAAAACACUGGGGAUAAGCUCCCCUCCUGAACUGCUACCAAUUAACAAAGUCAAAGCAUGUAGAAGUGAAGAAAGAGAGGGAAGGAAUGAAGGAAGGAAGGAAAAGAAGAUUGAGAGGAAAAGAAUAUCGAUGCAUCAGCAUUAGAGAGAGUGACAAAGGCUUAUGCUUCCUAUAUUAUUCCUUCUUGGAAAUGUAAGAUUUCUCCGUGGAGGAGGAAGAAAGUGAGCAAAGAGUUUGAAGACUUGAACGUUAUAGUGUUAUAGUGUUAAUGUGCAACUCAAGACCAUGUACAACUCAAGACCAUGUACAACUCAAGAUUGUGGCUUGCCCAUAAUAGGUUCAGUAUAUUUGUUUUUGUGAUUAAAUUAUAUUGGCGAAUAUUGCACAUUUCUGGUGUUCUUUGUGACCCCUCCAAAAUGAUGAUGAUGGUGAUGAUGAUGACGUAUUUGAUUUCAACACCUACUGAUUUAUAGCAGCAGAUGUAGCAAUGCAGUGUGGCAAGUCAGUAGAGCCCAUACGUCAGAACAGUGAUGGAACUGGAAGCAUAAAAGAUUAAAAUUCAUG